AUGGAGUCACCCACGCCAAAAGGCAGCACGACGCCGGGCCAGUCGCGCUUCGCCUUCUUCACCCAGACGCUGUCCCGCCUCACGCAGUCGCCCACGAGCGCGACCAUGGACGACGAGCUGCUGAGCAUGAACGUCGAGGCGGCGCUGUUCCCUGGCGGCCCGCCCACGGAGCGCGACACCUUCUCGCCGUCGGCGUUCAAGAACCUGCAGGCGAACGCCACCGGCCUGCUGCAUAAGAUGCAGGGGGCCUACCGCCAGCGGACCGCCGCCCUGCGCGACAUCGAGGCCGAGAGGGAGGCCCAGCGCGACGAGCUGGAAGAGGCGGAGACGCGCGCAAAGCACCUCAAGAUGCAGCUGGAGGACAUGGCGCGCAAGGCGGCCGACCACGAGAGGGACAUGAAGCGGCUGAUGGAGGACCUCAUUGCGGAGAAGAAGGCCAGGGCCGAGGAGAAGGAGCGCAUGGCCCGCGAGAAGGGCCUCGCCGUCGCCAUGUCCGAGGGCUCGACCGUCUCCGAGGACCUUGGUGUGGACGAGGAGCAGCGGAGACAGGGCUGGCGGAAAAGCGCCGAGACGAUGAAGUCCGACAUGAGCUACGACACCGAUGACGACAGCGUUGAAGUCGAGAGCGUCUUCUCGCGCUCGCGGAGCCCGACGAAUGCCCCGAGUGCUUACGAGGGCAGCGUUGCGGAUGGUCCGACUUCUCGACCCAAGGCGGCGACCCUGUCACCUCCGAAAGCGAGGGGAGGCCAGCAAAUGACAACCUUCCAGAAGCUCAUGAAGAACAUCUCCGGAGAGCCAUUGAGGGAAGGGGACGAAUAUGUAGGCGCUGGCUGCCGGAACUGCAAAGGCCAGGAUGCUAGCGUUGCAUGGGAUACCGUCAGCCUCCUGAGGGAUGAGAACAAGGCGCUCAAGCAGCGAGUUGGGCACCUGGAAGUCGCUGUCGAAGGGGCUCUGGACAUGGUGAAUGGCAUUGGCCUAUGA